CAUUACGGCUCAUUGAACAAGGGUACUCAAAUUAUAUGAGAUUUUAGAGCUUAAUUUAGCGGUUGGGCGAGCAGAUAAUCUCAAAAAAGCGAAUCGUAGAAAGCGGUUAGACCUACGCUGCACGUUGUACAAACAGUCAGUUGAGAGAGAGUGGGGUAUAUCUUUUUAUGAGGAUUAUCACGGCAUUAUAUAUAACUACUGUCAUCCAUGAUUGAUAGUAACGGGGUCUAUACGCAAGUAUUCGCGCGGUCCGCCGAACGUCCAACAAGUUCGUGACACAAAUCAAAAAUUGAAAUUUUAUGACGUGCAAUCCAGACGUCGUAUUCUCCCAUUCCAAAAUCAGAAAUGCUUGUGAGUUGUAUACCUUUUGAAAGAAAUCUUAACCCGAAGCUCGCGACUGAUACUGUUUAGUUAUAGGUGAUGCCAUUAUUUCAAAUGGAGAUAAGGAAAUCGUCGUUUUUAAAUGUUGUCAUCUGAAAUACUCCAGGAUAUUAUUCAAAUACUCGAAUUGUUCAGACUGUUUUAAAGGAACUCCACACAUAUUUUGAUAUUGUUCGUAGAGAAGAAAUAAUCAUCAAAUUUAUUGGAUCAUCGCUUUUCUUGAGGAGGCAGAACAAGGAGUUCAUUAUCCGAGCUACUCAUCUUAUUACGAUUGUAACUGUAACGGUACAUCGCAAGACGUUUUAAAGACCAAUAUUCGAUUUGCAUAUUAUUCAUAGAGUUUGAUGUCUUCAAUAUGUAACUCUUUUUCAGACUCAUACAGGCUAGACCCAUUCUACUGUUGUAUGAACAGAACAAGGAUUAAAUACAUUUUCCUCAGGGAUCAAGUUCAAGUUGUGUGAAGGCUGCGGUAUCAGAAAGCUUAGUAACAUGUCAACAAACUAAUUGACAUCAUAUUUCGGUAAUUUGAGAAAUUAUACCAUCGAUACGAAGUACUGAAGAGGCCUCGCCUUCAUUGUCAGGAUUUUGUUUCUGAUUUCGUGAAACCAAAUACCAAGGAUGGCCCAACAAGCCAAGGAAGCUUGGUACGAUGCACCAAGCAAACCUGUGACAGCUUUCAAAUCACUAGACAAGGAAAGCGCAACACCCAUUGAACAGCCCAGCUUCAAUAUGUCGAAAGAAGAGGAAAACAGCGUUCUCUUUCUCGUCGGGAAUCGCAUGGCCAGCACCGGUGCCCACGGCAUCCCGAACAUCCAGCGUGCCUCGAACAUCUGGCGCCGACUUAUCUGGCUAUUGCUCUUCACUGGUGGCGUGACCGUGGUCGUCUGGCAGUUAACAACCAUCAUCAAUAACUUCUUCGCUUACGAAGUCGACGUCAACAUAGACUUCGUCCGACAGCGUGCCAUCAAGUUUCCUGCCAUCACCGUCUGCAACCUCAACCCUGUCCCUUUGUCAAAGGCUGAUGUUCUCUGGAAUAUUGCUUCGAACGAGGAAGAUGCGACUUCACUCAGGGAUUUUCUACCGGCACAGAAACCCUCCGGUGUGAUGAAUGCGACGCAAAACCAAAAUGAUGCAGGAGCGUCCAUGAGGGGAUACCAGGACUGGGUUAACGUAGACUUUAACCAGUUGAAUACCCGUGUGAGUAAUUUGGAGGUCGCGCAGAGUAUCAUCGGAAGCACAGCGUAUGAAAACCGGAGUGAAACCGGGCACGACCUCGAUGAUAUGCUGCUUGACUGUAACUUUGAGAACUACCCAUGCGCCCCAGACAAUUUUACGCACUUCUAUAACUACAUGUACGGCAACUGCUACACAUUCAACUCGGGGCAAACGGGAAAACCUCUCGAGGUCUCUACAGUGGGACCCUUGUAUGGCCUUUCGCUCGAGCUGUACAUCCAGCAGUCUGAAUAUAUAUCAGACCUGCAGCCCUCGGCGGGGCUACGACUACUUGUACAUGACCAGAAUGAGAUGCCCUUCCCCGAAGACCGGGGCAUUAAUCUCGCUCCAGGGGCCCAUACCUCCGUUGGAUUGUCAUUGGUUUAUCUGGAAAGAAAAGAAUCACCGUACACGAACUGUUCUUUGGAAUUCAAGCCUGGAAACGUAUUUAAAGAGCAGUUUGAUCACCUUGAAUAUUCCCGAUCAGCGUGCGAGAAACACUGCUUUUUCACCGAAGUAAUGAAAGUAUGUGGCUGUGCUGAUGUCAAAUAUAGAUACAAUAAUUCUGCUACCGCGUGUAACAGCUCCGAUGAGGUAUGUGUCGAUGACGUAGAAGCAAAUUACACCCGUGGUGAUCUUAAGUGCGGUUGUACUAUGCCUUGCAAACAACAUAUUUUUGAGAUCACAGUCUCAGAAGCAUCUUGGCCAAACGACGGGUACGCGUCUACCGUUCAACAAAACAUCGAAUCGAUAUCAGAUGACUUAAUGCAGAAACUCAGUGAUGAUGGUCCCGCGAAUUUUAUCAAUAACAACGUUGUGAAAGUAACGAUAUUCUACGAGAAUCUCCAGUACGAGUACAUCUACCAGACAGCAGCAUACACAAUAUACUCCUUGAUCAGCGAUCUCGGUGGGCAGAUCGGUCUGUGGAUCGGCGUCUCCAUCCUGACUAUCUUCGAGUUCAUUGAACUCAUCUACGAUCUCAUCAAACUCAUCUGCCUCAAGCUGAUGGACCCGCGCAUGAAGAAGAAGAGAAGCUCACAGAGUCAAACGAAACAGAGUAACGUCAUGGCCCUUGACGGACAGCAGGGACGCACCAAUUCCCUUUUCGCGGACCGCUGACGCAAGCAUAUGAUGACGGACAAAAUGGAGGAUUUUCCUUCGUUAACUAGCAUGCAGGUUGUCAUAAUAUGAUUUAUCGAACAGUGUGAUAGAAGCGGAUAUGUUUUCACAGUUAAGCCAUUCACUAGGUCCACACCUUGUUGACGUAAGGUAGCGUCAUUUAUAGUCGUUGCAUACAUGCGCCGUUUUACUGACUUGGGAAUGCGUCAUUUACUACCACAUUCUAUGACAUGCCAUGUGAAAGUGGCAUCACACAAAAACUGAUUGAAAGAUGAUAAGUGCAAACGUUGCCUACAAAGAUUGGCGUUUGGACUAAUAACCGUCACGGGCUUGAUUAGCACAAGUAAUAACGAAUAGUUUACAACGGUCACUGGAAGAUGCAAGCUGUGAUGUAUUCCCAUACGAUAGUUGAUUCUUUCGAUUAAAAAAAGAAUGAUGCCAAACUAAACAACGAAUAAUACAGAUAAUGAUGGCUACACAUAGACAAUCAUUCGAGAAGAAAUCUCAAUGCAUCCAUCUAUUUUGUAUAGAUUCAAUGAUAUAUGUCUGAACUUGUCCUGUAUAUUCAUAUGGCUGAAUUUUAUUGACUGACGCAAAGGAAUUGAUGCAUCAUAACGUAGCUCGUAGAGUGCACACUGCAUACGAUGAUCAGUUUGUUGACGUGAAACUGCGUCAAGGACUGACGCACCGUAUGAGAGUGACAUCUUUAAAAAAAUGAACUGUGACAAUAAUGCGUUAAAUGGCUGACGUAUGCACUAAUUGACUUCACCGGUGAUUGGCGCAGGUAGUGGCGCAGCCGGAUGACACCCCGUGUUUAAGGAGCCUAAAAACGAGCAAAAAUGUUGGACCAAUGACGCUUAAAAUAGCUGAGCAUAGAGAAGGCAAUUAAGACCAUCUCGAUUAGAGAUGGUGCACACAUUUCAUGGUGCGUCAGAACACAUCGGGUCAAGAGAAUUGCUACAGAUAUAAUGAUAUGAAUAUUUAUUGUAUUUAUCCAUUUCAUAUUUGUGCAAACGUAUUUGCAUGUUUCAAUCGUGUUAGUAUUGUCGUGAUAUGGAUUUGCUGAGUUCAGCACAAGUUUUCGCAAAUGUUAUUACUUUUAAUAUAACAUGACAAUUUACUCAAGCGUUAUAUCAAUCUAAAGCUAUAUAUUUCACACAAGUCCAAAGUUUUUCGGACGUCAAUAAUUUUCUUUCAAAACCUUACUGUUUUAGGUAAGUUUUGCAUUUCGCGCUUGCGAAAAUAAAAAAAAAAGAAGAAACGCCAAUCUCUCUUUUAACACAAUUAUUGACCAUGACAUUUUACCCGAAACUUUGGGGCAUUUUCAAGUACUUUUUAACAUGCUUUUGCUCAAAAGUUAUAUUUCAAGCAUUUAAGACAGCCGUAGAAAUUAGUUUAAUAGUUAUACAAACUAUCACUUUGGCAAUAAUCUUAAGUUAUUAGCAUCUUAAAAGUGAUUAUCAUCAUUCCUCUUUCAACUCGGAAGUCUUUUAAUCAUGUCUAAAGUCUAAAACUAAAAGUGCAAUGAUUUCAGAAUGCCGUAACAAUUAUUGUUCAUGUUUUUUUGUCUUUCGUAUUUUUCGUUUAUCAAUAAAAUGAAGAUGAAAUAUUUCCUGUUA